CUAUCGUUGUGCUUUGAGUGUAGCUUGCUUUUGUGGGCACAGGUUCGCCCAAUAAACAACCAGUUUCGUCAUACAGUUUUGCGACUGUUUUCUUUACCGUCACUACUACGUGACAUCUGGUGGAGGUGCUAGUGCGUUCAUGCAGCGAACGCCCCCGCAAAGCCGCGACCCAAGCCCGAAACCGGAGGACGAGACCAACGUCGCCAAGGACCAGCGAGCUAGCCGUAGGCAGCAAGGACUUGUGCCGGAGUUCGGACUUCUUCCCGAAAAGACCACUGCAAUCAAAGCCAAGUCAACGACCAGAAUGGCAGCACCAGCGUCCCCCAUCCUGCUGCAGCAACCUCGGGAGCCACCGACUUUUCGUGGAUCAUCGGCUGAAGACCCUGAAACCUGGCUGGAGACAUAUGAGAGGACCGCGACGUUCAACAAAUGGAGCGACGACGACAAGCUGCGCCAUGUUUAUUUCUCGCUUGAAGACGGCGCCAGAACCUGGUUCGAGAAUAGGGAGCGUGCACUAACAACUUGGGACCUCUUCAGAGCCGCAUUCCUGGACACCUUCACGAGCGUCGUCCGUAAAGAAAGAGCUGCAGCCUUGUUGGAAAACCGUGUACAGCUCCCGAAUGAGAGCAUCGGUAUGUACACUGAAGAAAUGACUCGAUUAUUCCGGCACGCCGACCCCGCUAUGCCAGAAGACAAGAAAGUUCGCUUGCUCAUGCGGGGAGUUAAGCAGGAGCUAUUCGCCGGACUGGUGCGGAAUCCACCAACGACAGUCCAAGACUUUCUCUCGGAGGCUACGACAAUCGAGAAAGCACUGGACAUGCGCAACCGGCAAUACAAUCGCCGUUCGACGCCACAUUACGCCGAAGUCCAAGGACUCCCCCACGACCUACGAGACAUCAUCAGGGCGAUAGUACGCGAAGAGUUGCAGAAGUUGCUACCGUCGUCGCAGCCUCAAGUUGCUUCCAUCGCCGAUAUCGUGCGGGAGGAAAUCCAGCAAUCGCUAGGACUUCCCGAAUCGCCGCAACCCGAGCCGGAAGCGCUGACAUACGCCGCCGUCACCCGUCGUCAAGGCCCCCCUCCGCGUUCGCGCCAGGGCCCCGUAACGCCGCAGUUCCGACGUCCACCACCGCCGCCGCCAGCACGCCCGCCCGUCGCCCAGCGCAGCUACCAGAGGAAGACGGACAUUUGGCGCGCCCCCGACCACCGCCCGCUCUGCUAUCACUGCGGGGAAGCCGGUCAUGUCUACCGCCGAUGCCCAUACCGCGAGAUGGGCCUACGAGGGUUCGCCGUCAACGCGCCACGUCCACAGCUUGGCGAGCGACCACGUGACAUCGCCGACUACCUCGCCGGAGCUCAGUGGCAACCACGACGACCCUCACGCUCGCCGUCACCAGGCCGCUACAUCUCGCCCCAUCGCCGUCAGUACACCGGUCCCACUCGGGGCCGAUCUCCCAGUCCUUACCCGGGAAACUAAAGGCAGCAACCGAUGGAGGUGCGGUUGCUGUACGACGCAAUACCGAAGAUCCUCCGCCGCCGACGAAGAAGAUUCGCGAAUCACCACGACGAGGUAUCAGCACACCGCCUGGCAAGAGCCCUAACGACAACACUUCGCCGCCGAAAGAAGACCUACCG